AUGACUACCAACUACGUUGAGCAGCUUGAUCCUGCUCUACUAUGCCCAGGACAUGAACAAUUUAUCCUCUUCUAUUCGGGGCCUGCCGAUGGUCUCUUUAUGGGACAGCGAGCACCAGACAGCACUUUCUGCCCAUCUCCUACACUGACCUCUGCAGAAUGGGACUUGGGUUAUAUCACUGAGUUGUCCACCAUAUUCGCCGAAAAGAUUCCUCUGUAUAAGUAUACAGCAGCAGACAUUCAAAACUAUCUUCUACAAUACCGCAACAGCCCAGAUCUAGCAGCAAAGAACGUCACCGAAUGGUCGAACAAGCACCUUCAUCUUGAUUGGGAUAUGGAUCUGUCCCCUUUCCACAUAUCAGACAAUCGGUUUAGAAUCAUGGCACUACGUACUGUAUCCAAGUAG